GGGUUCACCUCCUAUACCCAGCACUAGUAGUUCCAGUCUAACCAACGAUGUGAGCAAACAGACGGGACCUAGAGAUAUUUCAGCAGUACCACGGCCAGGAACUGGUGCCACUGGGGGGUCACAGUACACUCCACAUUCUCAUCAGUUUUCUCGAACACGAAAGAUGUUUGAUAAAGGUCCAGAUCAGACUGUUGAAGAUUCGGAGGAUGGAGUUGGGCACAAAAGUUUCAUGUCUACAACUAUGCAAACAGGUUUCUGUGAUUGGAGUGCGAAGUAUUUUGCACAGCCAGUGAUGAAGCCCGGUAAAUUGAUCUUGCAAGCCUUGGUUCAAGGGCAGUUUGGGAUGUUCAACAAACAUUGUCUUCGCGAUCAAAACUCAUAUCCAUUGAAAGAAUAAAGAGAUAAAAGAAAAGCUGGCAUCCAGAGACCGUCUGCCAGUUAAUUGCACCCUUCUCUUUUGCUUAUGGUUAAUAUUUCUCAAGUGUUUCUUUCCCAGCAGUCAGAAAAAAUAUUAGCCACCUCAGACUCAAUAGCCCAGAUAUACUUGUAACUAGAGAGUUGCACAUUGGGACCAUGUGAAUCCCCCGAUGCAGCUGACUCUGUGGGAAUUGCCUGAGAAAUUGAAUUUUCCAAUGAGCAAUUCCCCUCCGCGUGGAAGUUUAAGAACACCUAAUUAAAGUCUGAGCCAACAAGCCCCCUCCCCCACUACAAACCUAACUGCUCACCCAUACAUCUGUACUAACCAAUUCUGAUCAAUAAUUUAAUUUGCUAACCUUUAAUUAGCUUAACCUCCGGCUGCUGAGUGAAUGAAUAUACUUGUGCCCAAUCAGCAAGAAAGUGAGCAGACCACAAGGUAUGCACCAAACAUUGGUUACAAAUUGGAUACAGAAAACAUAAUGGACUUGUAACAAUAUAAUCAAAGUUACUUUGCAAUUUAGUAGCAGAUCUUCCGUGGACUGAUUUACUUGACAGAAUGAGAAUCAACAGUUUCACAGGCAAUUCCGUGUAACAUUGUACACCGUAAAUCAAUGUGAGCGGAUGCAAGGUAUUAACUAUAACAGUGACCAGAGUGUGAGAUUGUAAAUUGAUUAGAUUAUUUGUAUAGGUGUCUUCAAUCUAUGUUUAGGGCAUUAUUUCUACAUGAUUUAUUAGGCUGUUUUGUUGUGGAUGCUCAUCUUUGUUCCUUACUUUACAUGGAAUGCAAGUUAGACUAUUGGCUCUAUUUCUGCUUUGUAUCUUCAGUGUUAAUUUGGACAUCAAUUUGAACAAAAUUUCUGGCUGCUGGUCCCCCUCCACUGUUUGGGGAGUCCCUCAAGAUGUUGUGUGAGUGCUGACCAAAUCUCCUUGGUCUCUUUUAGUACCAUGAAACACAAUCUAUCCCCUGCGUCUUUUGAAUUCAACCCAAAUAGCCUGUUGCAACUUCUGCUUUGUUAAUAUCAAGAUCUUUGCUUUAUACUGGGACCAGCUCCACUUGGAGAGAGGAUGCUGCUCGUAUGUUCUCUUUUACAUGUUCCUUUAGGAGCAAAUGCUGAUUGGAGAGAUGAAAUAAAGAAGGCAUUUAAUACA